GAUGAGAUUAACAUUAACAUAACAUAAACAUAAGGGCAAACAAAAAAAGAGAGUACAUUUACAACAUGCGAAGCACUUAACCUACAAUCCUAAUAUCUCUCUCUCUUCGACCCUCUCAUCUCAUCUUCUCUUCUCUCUUCUCCUCAGCUUGCUUAACAAUGGCAGAACCUUCCAAAGUCAUCCACGUCAGGAAUGUUGGGCAUGAAAUAUCAGAAAAUGAUUUGCUUCAGUUAUUUCAGCCAUUUGGGGUUAUAACUAAGCUUGUGAUGCUUCGGGCGAAAAAUCAGGCUCUUAUCCAAAUGCAAGAUGUUGCUUCUGCGGUUAAUGCGCUCCAAUACUAUGCAAAUGUUCAACCAGCCAUAAGGGGGAGAAAUGUUUAUGUCCAAUUCUCAUCCCAUCCAGAAUUGACAACAAUGGAUCAAAACGCUCAAGGACGAGGAGAUGAGCCAAACCGAAUCCUCUUAGUUACAAUUCAUCACAUGCUAUAUCCUAUAACGGUGGAAGUGCUGCAUCAAGUGUUUUUCCCCCACGGAUUUGUGGAGAAGAUUGUCACAUUUCAGAAGUCAGCUGGUUUUCAGGCCCUCAUUCAGUACCAAUCACGCCAAAGUGCUGUAGCAGCUAGGACCACGCUGCAGGGACGCAAUAUUUAUGAUGGUUGUUGCCAACUCGAUAUUCAGUUCUCCAACCUUGACGAGUUACAAGUGAAUUACAAUAAUGAGCGUUCAAGGGAUUUUACGAACCCUAAUCUUCCUUCAGAACAGAAAGGAAGACCCUCACAACCUGGGUAUGGUGAUGCAGGAGGCAUGUAUGGCAUGCAACCUUCUGGAACAAGGGGAGUUCCAUUUCCGCAGAUGGCAAACGCCGCUGCAAUUGCUGCCGCUUUUGGUGGAGGUUUGCCUCCAGGUAUAAGCGGGACAAAUGACAGGUGUACAGUUCUUGUCUCCAACCUAAAUCCCGAUAGAAUAGACGAGGAUAAGCUUUUUAACCUGUUCUCCAUCUACGGAAACAUUGUAAGGAUCAAACUUCUCCGCAACAAACCAGAUCAUGCCCUCGUUCAGAUGGGUGAUGGCUUCCAGGCAGAACUGGCAGUGCAUUUCUUGAAGGGUGCAAUGCUGUUCGGAAAGCGUUUGGAAGUCAACUUCUCAAAGCAUCCAAACAUAACACAGGGUGCCGACACCCACGAGUACAUGAACUCUAAUCUCAACCGCUUUAACCGCAACGCAGCCAAGAACUACCGCUACUGCUGCUCCCCAACAAAGAUUAUCCAUCUAUCCUCUCUCCCCCAGGAUGUCACCGAGGAAGAGAUUGUGAACCACCUAGAGGAACACAGUCCCAUCGUCAACACAAAGCUCUUUGAGAUGAACGGUAAGAAACAGGCUCUGGUAAUGUUCGAAAGUGAGGAGCUGGCAACUGAGGCUCUCGUCACCAAGCAUGCUAGCUCGCUUGGCGGGUCAAUUAUCCGCAUCUCCUUUUCCCAACUACAGACAAUAUAAGAGAAAGCUUGUAGCUUUGGAAAAAUAACAAGAGCAAAGAUUCUUUUAAGCAUAAUAGAGGUGAGAGUGAGGACUCAAUAACUGAAAAAAAGAAACUGUCUAUUUAGAGCUGACAAUCUUCUUCUUUGUUAUCAAUUUUCUUCUUGUAGUAGUGGUUUCGAUUGCAUUUGUAUUGGCGAGUUAAGCGCGAUGAUUUAUUCACUUUUUUUCUUAACCUUUGAGUA